CAAUCAAUCAUUAUCAAUGAGAAGCAACAAGGACUAUGCUCUCGACUACAUGUAUCAGAAGCAUCAAACCCUUCCAACUCACAAGCCAUACUCCAAAACGUCUACUUCAUCGUAAUAUCUACUUAAAACCCACCAUCUUCGAACGCGACCGGACAACCCUCCAUCCAGAGCACUCAGAGACCUGCCUCUCAGGCGACGAAGACGAAGUCGCUCACCACAAAUCCUCCUUCGACCCCUCCAUCACAAGACCAGAGCGUGAAUUCCAAACGCUCGAUAAAGAAUGCACCGCCGAGGGAAUUGUUGAUCCGCUCCUAUACAGUCCUGCCAAUUUGACGAUCAGUUUGAUGUUGAAGGAACUGGUAAAAAAGGAACCGCAUAUGGAGGGGAGGAAGCUUGGGAGUGCGAAAGGGUGGACGAGGAAAGGGAAGGAUGUGCAUAUCAAGAAUACUCCUGGUGGGCCAUUCGAUCGGUACGAGAAAUUGAUUGAGGAGUUGAAGAAGAAGAGAACUACAGGGUCAUCUGUUUAGGGUAUAGCUAUUCGUUUAAUGUAUGCGUAUAUUCCAAAUUGAUGUGCUUAUAAGUAUAGCUGGCUGAACGGGAUAUGAACCGUCCACAUUAUAGGCCUUGAGGGAUAACUUUCUGACGAACUUUGUACGCAUUAAUGAAGAUUCCUCAGCAAUAUAUUGAGUCUGC